AUGUCCAACAAAGCGGCCGUUACGUUCGAGAAACCGCUCCAGCAUCUGAGCCUUGCCGACUGGCAUUCGCGGCUGACCCAGCUGAAAAAUGUGGCCUACACGCAGCGUUCGGAUGCGUUCGAGCUGCGACACUCAGCACGCAAUCUUCGCAACGAAACCCGCAUCCAGACGCACUGGGACACGUACCACAACAAUGACCGACUGUCCGAUCGGGUUGCCGAGUUGGAUCGCUGGCGGGAGAAGAUGCGCAUCAUGUUGAAGCGCGUGGUGGACGAAAUUCAAGCGCUGAAGGAAGAAAAAUCCAACACUGAGCGUGACCUGGACGGGCACAUUACGCCCCUGACGGUGGUGACGGAGUGUAUUGGUAUGAGGGAUUGUCGGUUGGGGUCAGAGCUAACCUACGAUGAUGGCGAUACGGAGCUGAAGAACGAGCUGUGCAUUGUUGAGAACAACCAGCGGCUACUGCGUGACCAGAACCAAGCUGCCUGGGAGCAGUUGAAUCGUUUGCAGGAGGUCAAGUUCAAGCUGGAGCUCGAUCUGACCGAUAAGGAUGAGGCGCAGUCGAUCGAUUCGCACCAGCUGCAGGUGGACCAGCACUGUGGCGAUGUUUCGUUCAAGACGGAUCCGACGCGAGUCCCCAGGGACUCCUGUACGUACGGUAACUGGCUCGAGUACUGCGAAGAGCUGGUGGCGCUCACCGAAACCACCCUGUCCGAUUCUUUCUCCAUCCGCGAGUCACUGUUUGCGACGCGUGAGAAAGCGCGAAACAUUCUACGCGCCCAGCAGGACCGCACGGCUCACACACUGCGCAAGCGUAUCUUCGAAACGCAGCGAGCCCGGAACGAGCUCGAGUACCAGCUCGGGAAGAUGAAGGAAGAGAUGGCCAAAUGUCUCCAAGAGAUCGAAACGCUCGAGCGAGCCCACGAUCAGAAGACGGAAGCACUGAAGGUGGUAGAAACACGGCUCGAAAACCGUGCCCAACGGUCCGGGAUGGAGCUGUGCAUCGACGAGUCGUACCACGGGCUGUGCGAUGAGGUGCAGAAACUUCGUGACACGAUCAAAACACUGCGCGCCAAGAUCGACGCCACCAAGACGACGUACAAUUCGCUGCGGGAUCAUGCGAACAAGAUCGAUCAGGAUCUGCAGAACAAGCAGCACUCGCUGAUGACCGACAUCCGGGCGCUGGAUCUGCGCGGUCGGCUCAAGACGGGCGAGUUUGGCGGGCUGGCAACGCAAACCGAUCGUAACAUACAUCUGUCCCGCGUGGAGGAUGAAAUUCCCAAAACAUAA